GUGGGCCGCGCGCUCACCGGCUGCGUGCUGUGCGCGCUCAUCGUGUCCACGCUGCUCGGCAACACGCUGGUGUGCGCCGCCGUGGUCAAGUUCCGCCACCUGCGCUCCAAAGUCACCAACUCCUUCGUCAUCUCGCUGGCCGUGUCCGACCUCUUCGUGGCCGUGCUCGUCAUGCCGUGGCGCGCCGUCUCGGAGGUGGCGGGCGUCUGGCUCUUCGGGCGCUUCUGCGACACGUGGGUGGCGUUCGACAUCAUGUGCUCCACGGCGUCCAUCCUCAACCUGUGCAUCAUCAGCAUGGACCGCUACUGGGCCAUCUCCAGCCCCUUCCGCUACGAGCGCAAGAUGACGCGCCGCUUCGCCUUCGUGAUGAUCGGCGUGGCGUGGACGCUGUCCAUCCUCAUCUCCUUCAUCCCGGUGCAGCUCAACUGGCACCGCGCGCGCGCCGAGCCGCCGCCGCCGUACCCCCCCGCGGAGGAGGACGCGUGCAACGCCAGCCUGAGCCGCAGCUACGCCGUGGCGUCGUCGCUCGUCAGCUUCUACAUCCCCGUCCUCAUCAUGGUGGGCACCUACACGCGCAUCUUCCGCAUCGCGCAGACGCAGAUCCGCCGCAUCUCCUCGCUUGAGCGCGCGGCGCCCUGCAAGACGCGGCCUCACCGCGCGUCCACGCAGGACGAGAACUCGCUGAAAAGUUCCUUCAAGCGGGAGACCAAAGUGCUGAAGACGCUGUCCGUCAUCGUGGGCGUCUUCGUCUGCUGCUGGCUGCCCUUCUUCGUGCUCAACUGCGUGGUUCCCUUCUGCGAGGCGGACGCGCCCGACGCGGCGCCGUGCGUCAGCGACACCACCUUCAGCAUCUUCGUGUGGUGCGGCUGGGCCAACUCCUCGCUCAACCCCGUCAUCUACGCCUUCAACGCCGACUUCCGCAAGGCCUUCGCCACCAUCCUGGGCUGCAACCGCUUAUGGCCCCCAGGCCACACUUUGGACACCCCUGCUGUAAAUUGA